GGUUACUCCAACCACCUUCACCACUUCUGCUUUCAGCAGUGGUCAUGGAUGCAGGAGUCUGUACAUGCAGCAUUUCUGCUUGAAACACUGCACAUAUAGAUAUAUUUGGACUCGUGUUCCCGGGGACUAGUUGCACCAUUGGCACAUGUGGUUAGGAACGCCAGAAAUGAGUUCCGGCCAAUAAACAGUUUGUGCAAAAAUAACAUCUGUCAGAAACAGACGUGGUCAAGUUCUUCAUUGAUGGGAGCGCUCCUGCAAAGGAAGCCUAGCUCUCCCAUCCCUCUCUUCUUUCACUGUAUUAGAGCCCUUCCUGCUUUCUUUAGUAAGGCUCCAUUUUUGUUUUUUAAUCCACCCUCCCUUGUGAGUCAGGGAAACCGUCCAAUCAAAUGCUUCUCUAUGAGGAGUCGUGGAAACCAGCACAGGGAGCUUCAUCCCUGCCAUAGAAACCUAGAAUGUGACGACAGAUCAGAACCAUUCGUUCCAUCUAGUCUGCUUAAAUCUCUUGGAUUCGAGGUAAAUUUACAGCUUAUAUUAACAAGCUUAGACUAAAAAUGGGGGUCUAGACAUACCUGGUAAAGCCUUAUCAGUUUAAAAGAAAAAAGGAAAGUAGGUGGGGGGGGGGGAGAGUUAGAGUAACCCAAAUCUAUCUAGGUUAUCCACUAAAAGGAGAAUUGAAAAUGAAUUUCAAAUUUAUGAUCAAAUUAGCCAGACUGGAAAAAUUCACCAAUGCUUUGUUUGGCAUUAAAUUACCCCGUGUGUGUUAGUUGUCAGUGCAAUUUUCAUAGUAAUUGUAAAAUAAAAGUGAAAAUGAGCCAGUUUAUGUAAAAGGACAAUAUUAUACAAUGUGUAUAAUCACAUUUAAAAAAAAAAAUGAAAGAAAGUGUGUAAGAGUGAGUGAAAUGUCAGAUAAUGAAUGUGUAUGAUGUCUGAGUGUACACCGUAAAAUAUUACUUUAUACUGUAAUUCUAAUAAUACAGUAAAGUAUUCAGACCCCUUUGUUUUCUUCACUUUUUUUUCAGUUUUAUGCUACAAAUGUUUUAUUUGUUUUUUUUCCCACAUCUGUCUGCACUCAAUACUCCAUAAUGGCAAAGCAAAAACAAGUUUUUUGAAACCACUGCAAAUAUUUUAAACAGAAUAAUAUGUGUAUAUAUACACAUACCUCUGCGCUACACCACCUGAUUCCCCAGUCUCCCCAAAUAAGCACCACAUCAGUUACACACCCUCUGUUAUCUUUGCAUUGUAGUCCCCCUCCCCCUCCCCUUUUUUUUUUUUUAAAUUUUAUUAAGCCAUGUUCACUUCAUGACAUCAUCCUGUCAUUGUUGACCCCCAAUCAUGUUUUGGAGGGUGUGACUACCAAGGGAUACCUGAGCUUUCCAUCUGUUCAGUGCCCUGUUGUGGUUUCCUUGUGAUCCCAUUAACUCGUUCCUGAUUAUCUGUGAUUUCCUGGUCAUCUAUACUUGACUUGUCUGACUACUAUGGUCUCUGUACUCUUUGGCUUAAUGAUACUGUUUUCUUGAAUUCCUGACCUCUGUUUGUUUUCUAAUAAUUCGCCUCUAAGGUCCUGUAAAACGUGAUUAUUCUUUGUUCAUCUCUUGAUUAACAUUGGUUUAAGCACUUUAUUUAGGGUAUGCAUACUUACCUUGACAAGUACUUAGUUGAAGCACCCUUGGUAGGGUUUACAUCCACAAGUAUUUUGAGAUUUGAUGCAACAUGUUUUUCAUACCUGGAUUUGGGUAGUCCCUGACAGUCGACUCUGGAGAUCCUCUCAACCUCUGUUACUGUACAAAGCCCAUAGCAAUUCUCUCCAGAGAUACCCGAUUGGGUUAAAUUCCAUCCUCCGGCUGCGUCACACAGGAACAUUCACAGAGUUGUCCAUAAGCCACUCUUGCAUUGUCUUGACUGUGUACUUGGGGUGUCUUUCCUCUUGGAUGGGUAACCUAUGGCCCAGUCUCAGUACCUGAACACUCUGGAUUAAGUUUUCAGUAAGGAUAUCUCUAUCUAUAUGUAUUCUGCUACGUUCAGCUUUUCUUCAAAAACGGUGAUGGCUAACCAUCACCGUGGUUAGCUCUAAAACGGUGAUGGCUAACCUUGACACAAUAAAUUGUUUCUGGACUAGAAACAUAGAAUGUGACGGCAGAUAAGAACCAUUCGGCCCAUCUAGUCUGCCCAAUUUUCUAAAAUGCUUUCAUUAGUCUUAUAUCUAAGAUAGCCUUACGUCUAUCCCACGCAUGCUUAAACUCCUUCACUGUAUUAACCUCUACCACUUCAGCUCGAAGUCUAUUCCAUGCAUCCACUACCCUCUCAGUAAAGUAAUGCUUCCUGAUAUUAUUUUUAAACCUUUGCCCCUCUAAUUAAGACUGUCCUCUUGUUGUGGUAGUUUUUCUUCUUUUAAAUAUAGUCUCCUCCUUUACUAUGUUGAUUCCCUUUAUAUAUUUAAAUGUUUCUAUCAUAUCGCCCCUGUCUUGUCUUUCCUCCAAGCUAUACAUGUUAAGAUCCUUUAACCUUUCCUGGUAAGUUUUACCCCGCAAUCCAUGAACAGUUUAGUAGCCCUUCUCUGAACCCUCUCUAAGGUAUCAAUAUCCUUCUGAAGAUACGGUCUCCAGUACUGUGUACAAUACUCCAAGUGAGGUCUGUACAAUGGCAUGAGCACUUCCCUCUUUCUACUGCUAAUACCUCUCCUAUACAACCAAGCAUUCUGCUAGCAUUUCCUGCUGCUCUAUUACAUUGUCUGCCUACCUUUAAGUCAUCAGAAAUAAUCACCCCUAAAUCCUUUUCCUCAGAUGUUGAGGUUAGGACUCUAUCAAAUAUUCUGUACUCUGCCCUUGGGUUUUUACAUCCAAGAUGCAUUAUCUUGCACUUAUCAACAUUAAAUGACAGUUGCCACAACUCUGACCAUUUUUCUAGUUUACCUAAAUCAUUUGCCAUUUGGCUUAUCCCUCCUGGGACAUCAACCCUGUUACAUAUCUUAGUAUCAUCAGCAAAAAGACAUACCUUACCAUCAAGACCUUCUGCAAUAUCACUAAUAAAAAUAUUAAAGAUAAUGGGUCCAAGUACAGAUCCCUGAGGUACCCCACUGGUGACAAGCCCAAGCUUCGAAUAUCCUCCAUUGACUACAACCCUCUAUUGCCUGUCACUCAGCCACUGCCUAACCCAUCCAACAAUAUUGGAAUCCAAACUUAAAGAUUGCAAUUUAUUGAUCAGCCUUCUAUGUGCAACAGUGUCAAAAGCCUUACUGAAAUCUAGGUAAGCAAUGUCUACUGCACCACCCUGAUCUAUUAUUUUAGUUACCCAAUAAAAAAAAAAAUCAAUAAGAUUAGUUUGGCAUGAUCUCCCUGAAGUAAACCCAUGUUGUCUCUGAUCUUGAAAUCCAUGUAUUUUUAGAUGUUUAACAAACUUAUCCUUUAACAUGGUUUCCAUUACUUUCUCCACUACUGAUGUAAGGCUUACUGGCCUAUAGUUGCCCGAUUCCACCCUACUACCUUUCUUGUGAAUGGACACAACAUUCUCUAACUUCAAAUCUUCUGGGACUACUCUUGUUAACAAUGAUUGGUUAAAUAAAUCUGUUAAUGGUUUUGCUAGUACACCAAUAAGCUCUUUUAAUAACUUUGGGUGUAUUCCAUCAGGUCCCAUUGACUUAUUUGUCUUUACUUUUGACAGUUGAAAUAGAACCUCCUCCUCUGUAAACUCACAUGUAAUAAAUUACUUAUUUGUCCUUUUUCCUAACUGAGGUCCCUUUCCUUCAUUUUCCUCUGUAAAUACUGAACAAAAAUAUUCAUUGAGGCAGUCAGCUAGACCUUUAUCCUCAUCUACAUACCUUCCUUCUUUUGUUUUUAAUCUAACUAAUCCUUGUUUUACUUUUCUUUUCUCAUUUAUGUAUCUAUAAAAUGUUUUAUCCCCCUUUUUUACUGACUGUGCUAUUUUCUCUUCUGUGUGUGAUUUGGAAGCUCUUAUAACUUGCUUAGCCUCUUUCUGCCUAAUCUUAUAGAUUAUUUUGUCUCCCUCACUCUGGGUUUUUUUAUAAUUCCUAAAUGCUAACUUUUUGUUUUUAACUAUUUUGGCCACAUCUGCGGAGUACCACACUGGUUUCUUGAAUUUUUUGCUUUUACUGACAAGCCUAAUGCAAUUUUCUGUUGCCUUCAAUAGUGCAACUUUUAAAUAAUCCCAUUUCUCUUGGACUCCAUUUAAAUUUCUCCAGUCUGAUAAUGACUCCUCUACCCAUAUUCUAAUUUUAGAAAAGUCUGUUUUUCUAAAGUCUAAAACUUUUGUUUUUGUGUGGUGUGACUCAGUCACUGUUCUUAUAUUAAACCACACUGACUGAUGAUCACUGGAUCCUAAACUUUCACCUACAGUUAUAUCUGAUACCAAAUCUCCAUUUGUUAACACUAAAUCUAGUAUGGCCUCUUUACGAGUUGGCUCCUCAACGACUUGUUUUAGAGACAAUCCCAGUAGGGAGUUUAGAAUAUGUGUGCUCCUGGCACAAGCAGCUAAUUUUGUUUUCCAAUUCACAUCAGGAAGAUUAAAGUCACCCAUGAUGAUAACUUCCCCCUUCAUUGUCAUUUUAGCUAUUUCCUCAACUAGAAGAUUAUCUAACUCUCUUCUAUUUGUCCUGGGGGCCUAUGAAUCACACCUACACAAGUUACUGUGUGAUUACCAAAUUCUAAAGUAACCUAAACGGACUCUAUGUUCGCCUCACUAACUUUUAUUAGGCUAGAAUUUAUGCUUUCCUUCACAUACAGGGCCAUCCCUCCCCCUUUCUUGCCUUCCCUGUCUUUUCUAUAUAAAGAGUACCCUGGUAUUGCUAUGUCCCAGUCAUUACCAUGUCUCAGUAACCGCGACUAAAUCUACAUUAUCAGUUGGCAUUAUUGCCCCCCCUUCCUAGUUUAAAUGAAUCCUAGCAAAACCUCUGAACUGCUCACUGAGAACAUUUGUUCCCAUUUGAGAAAGAUGCAAAUCAUCUUUUUUGUACAGUUUAUUUCCAUUCCAAACAGAGCCACCAUGAGAAAUAAAGCCAAAUCCUUGCUCCUGACACCAUUCACCAAGCCACAAGUUAAAGUCCCUAAUACGCAUCCGCUUGUCGUUCUGAGUGUUAUGCACAGUACUUCAUUGGCAAAACCACUAAAAACUUCCUUAACCUCUGAAACCUCAUUGCAAGCCAAGUCAUUUGUCCCUAGAUGGACAAGUACAUCCAAUUACCCUUCCUGCUUUGCUCGCUUAACAAUAUUACAAAUACUUCUCCUGUCUCUGUGAGCAGUAGCUCCGGGAAGACAUCUCACAAGACCACCAUUGUCCAUCUCCACACCUCUUAUGAUGGAAUCCCCCAACAACAACUGCUUUCUAUUAGGCCUCACUAUAGUCUCCAAGCCUGUCUCCACAACACCACUACUACUACAUUUCCCUUGAUGCUCAGCUAGCUUUUAGACUCUAAAAGCUAGCUGAGCAUCAUGAAAAAUGUAGUCCAGACACAAUUUAUCGUGUCAAGGUUAGCCAUCACUGCUUUAAAAGAACAUGGUGCUGUGAAUCGAGGCAAAACAAUUCAAUUUUCACUUAAUUAGACCACAGAAUCUUGUAUCUCAUGGUCUGAAAGUCCCUUAAGUGCAUUUUUGCAAAUUCAAAGCAGGCUUUCAUGUGCCUUGCAUUGAGGGGAGCCUUCUGUCUGGCCAGUCUGAGAAAAAUCCCAGAUAAGUGGAAUAUUGCAGUCAUGGUUGUCAUUUUGCAAGUUUCCACUAUCUCCACACAUGAUCUCUGAAGCUCCCCUUGAGUGACCAUCAGGUUCUUGGUCAUCUCUCUUACCAAGACCCUUCUCCCCGAUUGCUUGAUUAGCUGGGUGGCCAGCUCUAGGAAUAGUACUGAUUGUUCCAAACGACUUCCGUGUAUGAAGUAUUGAGGCCAUUGUUCCCUUGGCAGUGGCAGAACUAAUGUAAGAAUGACCAUGGAGAAGAAAAAAAAGUCAGCCCCCCUGUAGAGAAGGGGUGGUUAAAAUGUUCACAUAUGCACAUACAUUGCCAUAAACAUAUGCACAUUACCACACAAAGAUACACUCAGAUAUAUACUGCCACACAGAGAAGUACACCUAUACACUCUAAAAUAUAUACAUAGGCACACAUGAGCAGAUACAGUGACACACACACUGACACAUAUGCACACAAUAUACACAUAUACACUUGACUCACCCUCAUUCUGAGUCCAACUCUCCUACUGCCAUGCUCAAUGUCUCCAGCUGUGCCCUGGUUAGCAUCCAUGCAGCCCUCCCUCAAUUUUGGCACCGCAACUAUAGUUGGUGUCUGCCCGACCAGGAAGGGCCCCAUGCAGCUCUUGAGAGCAAUGUGCAUCUGCAGGCACCCUGACACAGUCACACCGUCAUCACUGGUGGUAGUUCUGCGCAUUGCUCGAACCGUAAAUGAAGACAGAAAAGUGUUGUGACUUUCCCCAGAUCUGUGCCUCAACACAAUCCUGUCUCUGAGCUGUACAGGCAGUUCAUUUGACUUUAAGAAUUGGUUUUUGCUCUGUAAUGCAUUUACAGCUUAUGUGUACAGGUGUGUGCGCCUUUCCAAUUCAUGUCGAAUCAAUUGAAAUUGGCAUAGGAGGACUACAAUCAAAUUGCAGAGACAUUUCAAAGAUUAUCUGAAAUUGCCAGUGUUACAGGAAACUGUCUGAAUACUUAAGUCAAUCUGAUAUUUCAGUUUAUUCUUUUUUAUAUAUUUGCUAAUUUUUCAGUAAUCUGAAAACAUGAAGGGGUCUGAAUACUUUCUGAAUGCACUGUAUUUGCAUAUGAAAAACAAACAUUAGGUUACAUUGGAAGUGUAAGAUCAAGGUUCAAAAGAAAGAGACGAUGUGUGGACGCAUGAGCCAAAUGUAUAAAUAAUGUGCUAAGAUAUCUAUCUAGUAUUUUAUGGUGAAUUAUGAAUAUUAUGAGAUAGUUUAGAAUAAUUUUGUAGUGUAUAGUAUUUGCUGGAAAAAUGCAUUGAUAGAUUUGUACAUGUGUAGUUGAAAGAUUUUUUUUUCAUCUUGCAACUUCCUGACAGGGGGAGAAGAGAGAGGGAGUCUUAUCACUGUGAUCACAUAGAGCGGGCUUCUCUCUCCUGCUGCUGUGCAAUUAUGCCCUGUUUCUGUGUUUAGAGAACUGGUCUGAAACUGAGAGGUUGAUUUGGGUUAGUGGAGCUGAAGAAACUCCCCUAGCUGAGAGGAGUGCCCAACAAUGCAAUAUAACCAAGUUUGUAUUCGGUUUAUAAAUGUUAAAUACUUUUCAAAGUUUUUCUUUCUUUACUUUGAUUUGUAUAUUUGUUUAAAAGUGUUUGCUUGCUGGUUUUAAAAGAUAUUUUUCAAGAGAUGCAUGUCCCUUUAAAACGCUACAAGCAUACCAUUUUUGAUCACAUACACUAAACCCAGAUGUCUUUUUACACACCACACAGAAACUAAGGAGUAUGUAUGGUACAUUUUAUAAAAUAAUUUAAGUUAAAUUAAAACAAUAGUUCAUUUAGGCCACCAUAGGAAAACUGGAAUAUAGUGAGUUUAUCAUUUUGUUUUCCACUGUUAAAGCUUCAUGGUUUUCUGUUUAUAACAGUUCACUGUAGUGAAGAAAGCACAGUCUAGAAAUAGCCUCUUAGCUACCCAAAUCCAUUUUAAGUAUACAGAAAAGGUUUCAAGACAGAGCUACCAGGGUUCUAGAGUGAAGGAAAGUAUAAAGCUGUCAAAAGGAGAAAAAAUUCCAAGCAUUAAAUUAAAUAGAGAAAAAUAUUCAUUAGCUUUAUGUUAAGAAACUUGAACAAUGCAAUCACACAGAAACAAAUGAGAUAUUUAUGUAUUUUGUUUCUGUAGGAACAUCAAAAAAUUAUUGAAAGUGCACUUGGCCAACCCUUGUUUGAAGACACGGUUAAGAAGAAAAUUGAAUAUGGCUCAGUUGGUUAAACAAAAUCCAGAUGGUCCAAAUGGAAAUGUUACCUGUGGAUGGUUUACCGAUGCUCCAUAUGAAUAUACAGUUAAACCUGGAAAGAGAGUCACUGCUCGCCCUUCCUCCCAAAUUCCAGGCUUAAGUGCAGAGUCUGAUGAUAAAACCGCGGAGCAAAGGCCCAAACAGUUCAUUAAGGAUUUUGAUUCUGAUUAUGUCAAAUUGGCCAAGCAAGGUGGUCAUAAAAAUCUAUUGACUCAGGCUGAAAAUGAUCCUAACGAAGUUUCGACAUCAACUUACAUGCCACCAGAUUGGUACAUUGACCUGGCUGCAUCCAAACCAAAGGAACAGAAAGAAACCCCUCAGAGAAAUGCUCCAGACUAUAUGGUCCACGAAGAGUUUGAUACAGAGCAAAAGGAAGAUAAAUAUGAAAUGAAUAGAGGUCCUUUUGAUUUUGACCAGGAAACCCAUAUUAACAGCGAUGAAAAGAAUGUAAAAUUGCCAUCGGUCAACCCAAGAUUUGAUGAUAAUAGCAUUACCACUUCUAGCAGAGAUCCUUCAAUGAAUCACAAAGAGGGAAAACUUGGGAAGAAGUGUGUUUUUCCACCUAUGCAAGGGCAUGAUAUGGCUAAGGCUGUUAACUUUGGCAAGCUACUAAGUCACGGAUACGGAGACGAUUGGUUUCAGCACCGUGAAGACGCUUCAACAAACAUCCAAAAAUAAAAUCCUUAAACUAAAAAAUAUGUGUACCUAAUUUAUGUUUGAGUAGUGUAGUAACAACUAUUUCCUCUAGGGGAUUUUAAUAUAAAUUUAUACACUUUAGACCAUUCCAUAUCCCAGUAAAUAACUUGCUGCCGUUUCCAAUGCAAAAUUCUAAGCAUUAGUUUAAAACAUUUUUAUGUUAUUGAUGUCUUCUGCUUCAUUGUAUUUAAUGUGUUUUGGAAAUAAAUAAUUUAGUUCAAAC